AUGUCGCGGUACGGUAGCAACUGGGUGACUUCAGACCACACGGCUGCGUGCGACUGCUUGCUACGCUACGUGUGUUGUUGCUGCUGGUGUCGGCCGCGCCUGGAAGAUGAUCCUUGGUAUCGCCCAGCGCUGUUGCGGAUCAAAGUCCCGCGGGUUGGGGCGGGUUGGGGCGCCAACGGUGAAAAGGGGCCGCGCUUGACGGCAGAGCAUGUCGUGGAACAGAUGGUGGCGUGUGGCGGGCAGCACCGGGUGGGCUUGGUGGGCUUGGUGGGCAACUGCACCUCGCGUCGGCUGAUACAGCGGGCGGAGGUGGACUCGAGUACGGGCGAAGCCCAGCUGGAGGUGUUGCCAGACUUUGCCGACAUUGUUCUGCAGCGUCUGUUGACGCAGCUCCAGACCAAAACGGGUCAGCGCAUCGAGAACGUCUUUGCACCGUCGAAAAUGGAAACGGUUCCCGAGCCCACUGAGGGCCGCGGCAAGGUCAAGGCCUGGGCGACCAUGCGGAUCGUGUUUUACCUGGCGGCCAUUCUGGGAGGUUUCACGGCCGCCGGUCUCGUGGGCACCACCAAGUUUUCAUACCAGGACACCAAGGGGUGCAUGCUCAGCGUGCGCCUGCACAACACCUCCUUGCUGGACUGUAUCGACACCAAAAAGACUUGUAGCACUGUGGAUGACUGCCCCAAGGACUGGUAUUGCGAGCAGGUCGUUGGUGCCAAUCGCUGUGUGCCUCACUCUUGCUUCUCCAUCGAGAAAGCGGACAAGCGGGUGCCUUGCAACUUUGUCGUGGCCUUUGGCAGCAUUUCUAGCGCCUUUGCCAUGCUCAUGUUGGGCUUUAACCUUUACAAGCUCAUUGAAAAAAGAGCCCAGCCUUUCAAAACCACGGGCAUCAAUGUGGCCAUGGCCAUCCUCUCCUUCCUCAUCAUGAUUGUCGCCGUGGCCAUGGGCAUUCUCCUGACCGUGGCACUGCACAAGACGUGUGAGAGGUGGUGGCGCCGUCGUCGUGAGCCCGAAGUCCAGCUCGAUCUUGACGAUGAUGAUCGCCAGCCCAUUAUUGAUGAUGGGCAGACGGAUGCGCCCGGCGCCGAACCCGCGGCGGCACCAAACAACGAUGACAACCCCUUUGCCACUUCGGAAAAGAACCCUUUUGAAUAG